GUCUUCUUCUCCAAUCUCGCAAGCUUUCUCUCCGACUCCUCCUCCCUUCCGGUGUCAGUCGGCCUUCCUUGCGAACUAGGUCAUUCCAUAUUCGACUCGGCUUCACUUCUUCAACAUAAAAGGACGCAAAUCCACCAGCUGAUCGAUCAAACAUCAUCGUCAUGGGCAACCACCAGAAGCUCCUCCACUUCUUCCGCCAAGACCCGGCCUGCUCGCCGAGGUCCAUCUUGUCCUCUUCCACCUCCGUCUCCGACGACGACGGCCACAGCUGUUCCUCCUACGCCACCACGGACGGGGACGCCUCGCCCACCACGUCACGCUACGCCUCCUCUACCCCGCCCACGCCCAAGUCGCCGUGGGCGCACUUCCCGGGACUCGGCGCAGCCGCCGAGCCGGGCGCGACGGGCCUCAUCGCGUCGCUGGUCAAGGAGGACGGGCACGUCUACUCGCUGGCAGCCACUGGCGACGUCCUCUACACCGGCACCGACUCCCGGAACGUGCGCGUGUGGCGGGACAACCGCGAGCUCGCGGGCUCGUUCCGGACGGCGAGCGGCCUCGUCAAGGCCAUCGUCGUCGCGGCCGACGGGCGCAUCUUCACCGGCCACCAGGACGGCAAGGUGCGCGUGUGGCGCGCCGACGACGCGGCCAGCCCCGCCGCGCACCGCCAGGUGGGCUCGCUCCCCAGGCUCGCGGACUACCUCAGGAGCGCCGUCAACCCGGCCGGUUACGUCCAGACGGAGCGCAAGGGACGCAAGCGCGCGGUGUGGCUGCGGCACUCGGACGCCGUGUCCUCCCUCAGCCUCGACGAGGGCGCUGGGCUGCUCUACUCCGCCUCCUGGGACAGGACCUUCAAGGUGUGGCGCGUGUCCGACUCCAAGUGCCUCGAGUCCGUGCGCGCGCACGACGACGCCGUCAACACCGUGGCGGCGGCCGUGUUCGACAACGUCGUUUUCACCGGAUCGGCCGACGGGACCAUCAAGGUGUGGCGGCGGCAGGUGUCCGCCAAGGGUGGCCGCGCGACGAAGCACGUCCUGGAGAGGGUGCUCAGGGAGGGCGAGAGCGCGAUCACCGCGAUCGCCGUGUCAUCCGAGGACCGCGUCGUGUACGUCGGCUCGUCGGACGGAGCGGUCACCUACUGGCACUGGAUCGACGGCCAGGCCAGAUACGGCGGUGUGCUCAGGGGCCACAAGAUGGCGGUGAUGUGCCUCGCCGUGGCCGGCAACGUCGUUGUCAGCGGCUCGGCCGAUCGGACGCUCUGCGUCUGGCGGCGCGACGGGGCAGAGCACGUCAGCCUCGCCGUGCUGGCCGGGCACACCGGACCGGUGAAGUGCGUCGCCAUGGACGAGGAGGAGGAGGCCAGUUCGAGCGUCGAUCGGCGGUUCGUGGUGUACAGUGGAAGCCUCGACGGGUCAGUCAAGGUGUGGCGCCUGUCAGACACGGACACGCGCGAACCGGCGCUUGGGACGGAGCGAACGGCAGCAGCACCGCCGCAGCCGUCGGACGAUUGGAGAAUUCGUCCGGCUCCGGCGCUGUAUGUGGGAGCGUGGGCGCCGUACCAGACGCCGGAGUUCAUGCGCGUGGCAGCUGCGUGAUUGCGAAGCAAUGGGGUUUGUACUUUGUACGUGCGCGCAUGGAAACACUCGAGCACAUCCUCUACAAGAGCAGCACAAAUUAGAUACCAGUUUGAGUUGUGGGUGUAUUUUGAGGAGGGAAGUGAAAUAUGGUUCUCCCCUCCCGUGCCCAUGUCGGAAAAAAAGGUGUAUAUCAUCAGUGAAAAACGAUUUCUUCUGGCCCUAAAUA